AGCUGAAGUUUUCGAAUCCAAAUCCUACCGAUCGUGUUUUCAUCAAUCCCGUUUCAAGCGAUAUAGUUAGCAAAGUUAGCAAAGUUCAGAACGUCACCCUAGUAGGAGUACCUUAGUAGUAAGAACCGGGUUGUUGAAAUUAUGACGCUGGCCGGAAUGGACCACUGUCACUGUCUCUGCUUUGUCGUUGGCCGGCCGAUUACCGAUUCCCUUGUAGAUGUUUUCUGAAUGCGUCGUCUAGUGAUGUGUGCCGAGUGUUUAAUAUUUUUCUCACAGUAGAACCCGAUUGAUUUGACCAAAGGUAGCUCUAGGCGAUCCAUCAUUUUGCGCUCCACCGGAGAAAGGUAGAGCACUGACGCGCGCGCUCAGACGAUUGUGAUCGGUCAACACCUGGACCCUUUGAGGAUUUCCGCACCAGUUUGGUGACAAUUGCAUCUUUCGCGACUGAAAUUAGGUAUAUCAUUCUAAAGAAAAAAAUCCGGGCGUUUGAAGAGCUUUCCGGGUGAAUUAGUUAAUCUUUUACGCGCGUUCGGUUGAUGGUCUCACAGGAUCGCUGGAUGGAAACGAUGUCAGAUUCGGGUUACGAGUCCCGGCCGGACGGGGGAAAUGCGUCGAGUUCGUGUGGCAACACGUUGAACCCACGCACUCCACCGAACUGUGCCCGCUGCCGGAACCACGGGCUCAAGAUCGGCCUCAAGGGUCACAAGCGCUACUGCAAGUUUCGCAAUUGCAACUGCGAGAAGUGCUGCCUGACGGCGGAACGGCAACGAGUGAUGGCCCUGCAGACGGCCCUCAGACGCGCCCAGACCCAGGACGAGCAGCGGACCCUUAACGAAGGCGAGGUCGCCCCCGAACCGACGAGACCACUGAUCGACUGCGACUCUUCGACCGGUUCGAUGAACUCCACCCCGGGAACGUCGUCGAUGGCACCGCACUCGCUCCACCACCGCAGAUCAUCGUCGGGACCGUCGUCGGUCAUCCAUCCGGCCGAGGUGCAACAUCUUGGAGGUACGUGUCAAAUCACAAAUCAACCCUUCUACUUCGAACUGACUGGUUUCCAUAAAUUCCGGUAG